AUGGUGACGACGGCGCCCGUGCCAAAACCACGCACCCAAUGUUCGUCAAAGAAAGCGCCGGUGCCAUUGCCGCGUCGGAACACGUUGCGAAAUGUCGAAGUUCGACUCCGACAAAAUGCCAUUCAGAGAGCCUAUCCGAAGCCGAUCGUCCUAGAACGACAGUUAUUGAAUGCUAUUCUAGAAGGAAGGCCUAAAUCGAUUCCAUCGUGUUCGCCGAUUCCAGCUUCCAAUCAGCACUCAAAAAUGUCAGCACGUGCGAUCGCCGCGCGAUCUCGUUGCGACGGUCGCCCGUUGUCGGCAUACGACGAGUCGCCGGAAUCGAAACUGAAUCGGCGUCGAGCCAGUGUUGCGGUGAUGCCACUUAUUGAGUUGGAGCAGCGCGAUCGAGCCGUUGAGUCGAUGGCGAUGCUCAGCAAUAAUCGAACCUUGAGCCCCGAGUUUGGUGCGAUACGCGUUCAAGUUGAAGACAUCACUGCGGGACCAAGCGAAAUGGAAGAUGAGCGAGUCGAGCAGAAUCGAGGCGAAUCAUUCGAUUCUGAGGAAUUUGGCGAAACUUCAAGUGAGACUAUUUGUGAGCUGAAUCACACCGGCAUUGAAUUAAGCCGUUUGCGCUCUGACGGCAUCGGCGGCGACGGUAGUAGCAAAAUGACCUCCGCUGACGGAAAGAGCGGCACGAGAGUCAACGAUUUAGCGAUUCGGUGCGAAUACGCGUCCAGUUCGAUUGCUCAAGAACUGUCGGCAACUACGAUUGAGGAGAGGCCGCGACCGCCGAUUCCAGCGAUCUACAUGAAUACCACGAGCUCAUGCUCUCAUCGAUCGGAAAACGACACCGGCGAAGGCAAUUAUUCCGAUUUCGUAUUGCGCCGAAAUUCGUCGAAUUCGUCACCGAUGGGCAAAACUGUCACAUUACUUGAGCAAAUUAUACGAACUCGAAAAAUUUGGUUUCUUCCACACUUGGGACGUCCUGAAGUUCUUCACAUGCUUCGGAAAAUGGAUGCAGGGAAUUUCAUUGUUCGUGCGUCGACUCGCGAGAAUUGUAUGGCACUGUCGGUGCGACUUCCGGCGAACGCUCAAAUCGAAACCGACCACUACAUAAUCGAGCAGAUAUUGCUUCCGCUUCCACCGCCCUCAACAGCAUCAAUAAAUGUGGUUCGCCUCGAAGGCAGUCCCUUAACAUUCCGCUCAUUGCCAUUGCUCAUUGAGCAUUAUUGUGUUAACGGAGAGGAGCUCGAAGUCCGACUCCAACUACCCGCAGCGAUCCAGGCUUGCACGACAACGAAACAGUUGCAAAGCAUAGCAUUGAUGGAGCAAGAAUUUUGGACGAGUGAAAUGUCGUUGUCGCGAAAGCCGACGCGAUUAUCAGUGGCAUCGUCGGUACGGACCACUCAUACAUUGCCGAGAUGUAAUGAGCCUACAGUGUCUGGAAAUGUCGAAGAAACAUCGACGUGGUUCAUGGAAAACGAAAAAUCGACGGGUGAGGAGAUCGGCGAUGAAUCGGCCGGAAAGCCGUCGCCGUCUGGUUAUUAUGCCGUGCAUGACACGCUUGCGGCAGUUUCCGAUAACAAUAAUAAGACACGGUUAUUAACGAUUGACAGGAUGGACGACUCGAAAACUUCUUCGAAGAAGCGACGAUCCACUUCUCGUGCUUCAUCGUCGUCGUCGAGAUUUGCGACGGUUUGCGGUGGAGAUAUUGGAUUUCAGAAGAAUCGACCGAUGGAUGAUGAGACGGAUAGUGGACUCAGCUCGCAUUCACCGCCAAGCAAGCAUGAUCGCAUUGAUGAUGAAAAAAUUUCGAGAAGUGAACGCAGAUCGCAGUCGGUUCGAUCGCAUAAAAAUUUGAACAUCGCCGCUGGCGCCCCACCCUCAUCUUCAUCAUCAUCAUCAUCGUCACCGAGAUCGUUUCUCAGAUCGCUUCUUUCGUUUGGCACCGCCAAAGAACAACAAGAGAAGAGGAAGAGUAAAGCAGAAGAAAUCGGUGAACCGAAUAAAUUGGCUUCUUGUGAUUAUUUCACACCGUGGGAUCGAUCAAAACCGACUUUGGUCAAAGUCUCGCGAUCAGCGUUUGAUAUUGCGAAUCCGCCGGCUAGAGGAUUUUUCGCCGGGUCGGGAAAGAAGCGCAACGGGAGUGAUUCACACGGUGGACACACGUUCCGAAGCAACGUUGAUAUUUUUGACGACGACAAUUAUACUAAAGGCUGGAAGGAAAUUGCCAAAAAAGAAAUGACGACGGCGAACGCAUCUCCUGGAGGCAAAUCAACGCGCUCAGAAUCAAUGAAGACGUUCAAACCAUCGUCAGUAUCUUCCUCGUCAUCAACGCACGACGAAGUUGUCUCAUCGCGAUCCAGGCCGUUGGCGAUGCGGCGUGAGCGCAGCGAUUUGUGCGCGACGUCGUUCGCACCCAUCAAAAGCAAUGUUCAAAGGCUCGCCUACCAUAAUGAGAGCAGUCCCGGACCGGCGACGCAUGCGACAUCAGUAUUUAUAGGACGCAAACCUAUGACACCGCCGAUAAAUGCAAAUGAUCCGCAGAUUGUGAAAAGUUGCGUGGACGAGUUGCGAAGAAAACGAUUACAAUCUACAAAUGAAAUGUUGAUGAAUCGUGAAGAAGCUGGAGGAACGCCGAAAACUGAUAAAGAAAUACACAGUGCUCACGCGAGCCCGCAAAUUGCAAUGAGGCGGAAGAAUGGAUUCCCUUCCCCUUCCUCAACAAACUUCAGCCGGUCUGGAUUCGCUGGAAUCGAUCGAACUCGCGGAGCCGAGCAUCGUCUCUCUGUUCCGAAUUUGGUCAUGGCUGCUGAUCCAAUGGUCCCUGGAAGUGUUGGGCAUUCGGCGAAGGCUCUUCGAGAGCGAAUGGCUCGAAAUAACGAUGGUGAGCUGAUGGUGAUCAAUGAAGGUCUCAUCACGCCGGUGGUUCGUCGAAAGAAUUUCGAGCUCGACAAAAAACAGGAGACGAAAGUCGCCGAAGUCGAAGGUGUCUCGGUGGCAGCUGGCGAAGUGGCGAAGCGGCGAGAAGCACUCGAAUCGCUAAUCGAAAAACGAAAACAACGCCAACAAUCGGACGCGAUGUCGAGCGGAUCGUCGGAUCAAUCAUCGCUUGGAAGGAAGUAUGUGUGA